AUGGUGGCUUAUAGUUUGGAGUCUCUUGAUCUUUCAAGUAACCAUUUGAAUGGAUCAAUACCAGAUGAUAUAGGAAAUUUUUACAACCUUAGCUACUUAAAUUUGUCCAUGAAUACUUUGAGUGGUCCAAUACCUGCUACAUUGUUGCGGUUGCAUCAACUCUCUCAUCUUUCACUUGCCUCAAACAAUUUGACUGGUGAAAUUCCUGCUAGAUUAUUUGACUUGCUUAGUCUGAGUAGCAUAGAUCUUUCUCAUAAUCAUCUGAGUGGAAGUAUUCCAAGAGGCUUUGGAGAACUACAUCAAUUGCAGAAUAUUGAUGUAUCAUAUAACAAAUUUUCCGGAGACAUAUGUGAAUCUGUUAGCCAUAUGUGGGAUGCGAGACUAACCUUAGGAUGUGCAAGAACCACUUUUCUGGGAGAAUACCUUACGAGCUAG